AUUUUUCUUUCGGUUCUAUAUUAUGGAAUUAUCAAUGGGAGACAGAGUGUAUGCAGCGGAACGUAUCAUGAAAAAGAGGCUCAGAAGGGGACGAGUCGAAUACUUUGUGAAAUGGAGAGGUUGGAGUCAGAGACACAGUACUUGGGAACCUGAAGAAAAUAUUCUUGAUGAACGUCUGAUUGAUAUUUUUGAACAAAGCCAGAGAAAUGAUAUCAAUCCGCAUAAACGAGGGCCCAAGAAAAAAGAACAUAAACAGGCCCUUCAAGUUCAGUCACCACCACCCCCAGUCGAAAAUGAGAAAGAAGUCGUUGAAGAAAACGUAGAAGAGCCAGCAAACCAUGAUGAACAACCGACAGAAUCAAAUAUUCCUCUUGCAGAAGAACAACCUGCUUCAGAACAACAUGUCACAGAGCCCGAGAAAGCAAAUAUUGAUGAACAAGUAAAAGAAAAGGAAAUGGAUAACAAAAAAAGAGAUGAGCGAAAGGAAGAGGCCGUUGAGGCUGAAGCACCAACCAUCGAAGAAGAACCACCACCACCUCCUCUUCCUCCUCCUCCUCCUACACCCACACCUCCAAGACCUGCUGCUAAGAGGAAAGCGGAAGUACUGAGCAAAGAAAGCGGGAAGAUCGGUGUUACCAUCACCACCAGCUCACCUCCUUCGCAUUCCACGCCCAAGCAACCACGGCUGUCUCCGAGUGUGGUGACGCCCAAGGUCGCUUCACCUACGCCUCAGCCGGUUUCCUCUCCUCCUAAGAUUAGUACCGCUAAGAGUCCUAGAAGAGAAGAACCUCCACCACCAGCACCUGUGGCUAAAUCGGUGUUACCUCCAUCCCCUACCAGCGCCAGGAGUAUCAAGUCACCCCCUCCAGUAGCGACACCCUCACUUCCACCCGCUACAACUCCAGUUCCGGAAGUCAAGCAACCUCCUAGCAAUAAUAACAAUGUUAACAAGGAGGUGACACCUGCUACUCCAGUCCGAGAGACAAAGCCGCCUAUUUUGAAUGGUCACACCAAUGAUUUAACCACUACAGUGCUCACUAAUCCUGGCCCAGAUUAUUGGCGAUCUCUCAACCCGCAUGCGGACGAUAUUGUCAUCACGGACGUAACGGUCAACCUGAGCACUGUCACCAUUCGGGAAUGCAGGACGGGAAAGGGAUUCUUCAGGGAACGCAUUAAAUAAUUAGUCAUGAUGAUAUCGUAAGAGUGAGCUUGUAGUGCCUAUCAUAUGGCUCACUCUUCAAAUAGAUAAUUUUAUUCAGUAUUGUAUCAGUCGUCUAAGGAAACUCUUUUCAUUUUUUUAUUUUUAUUUUAUUUCAUUUUAAUAUAUGAAUAUAAGUAGAUGUGAUAACAACAUUUAAUCGUGUUUUUUUUUUCACUGAUUGUACAUAAAUAAUCAGCAUUUAUUGAUAUUUUGGCUAGUGUUUUGAAAAAUCUUUUUAAUUUUAUUGGCGUAAGAAAUUGAUCGAAAAUAAGUACACUAUAUUGAAAAUUAACUGAAUGGAUUGAAAUUUCUCGCUAAGAAUUAUCGCAUUAAUAAUUUGCAAUUUUAAACCAUUAGAUAAUUGAAGUUAUCCUGUUUUUUCUGAAUACCAGCUAUUUAUUACUUUGCAGUAUUUUUUUAUUAAGUGCUAUCCUAAAUUGGUAGCUGUUAUAGCAUUUAGUCCUGUGUCAUAAAUUUUCAUCCUUUUUAUUGCAACUGAUUUUAUUAAAAUAACAAAGUAGUAGUAUAAUAAAAGAUUUGCUUAACUUUUCUGACAAUAAUAAAAUCAUAGACUACCGAUUGAUCUGACAAUAAAAUUUAAAAAGUUGAAACAAAAUAAUAAUUCCUUGAUUUUUUAGUUUCAAAUUAUAUUAUUGUCCCAUGUUGCAAAGUUGACUUCUUAUAAUUAAAAUUGAAAAUAUAAAAUAAGUUUUAUGCAUAUAACAAAUCAUUCCGUCCGUUAAAGAUCAAGGAUUGUUAUGAAUAAGCUAUAACAAGGAUAGGUUUCAAGGGACUAAAAGCUACUAGGUAGUUCGAUGUAUUAACAAAUAAUUUGUGUUAACACAGAUUUAUUUUGAUUAUGGAAAGUUAAAUCAUCGGUGUUCUGAAAAGAAGCUGAAUUCAACAGAUUGCCUGUUUUAUUUUUAGAUUAACCACAUUAAUAGAAACUGUACUGGUAAAAACAGCAUAUCGUUCAAUUUUCAUAUUUAUAUAUCCCUUAAUAAUGGCAGGAACAACAUUAAUUUCUUAAAUUUCUUGUCAAAUAUGCUCUCCUUAAAAGUAAUGAAUUGUUGGAUUCUCCUUUUUACAGAACACAGAUAAAAAUUUCUAAAAUAUGUAAUUUUUA